CGUGGGCAUUAUCUCCCUAUAUAUUCAACCACUGCCGCAGCGGACCGAGAAGCAUCUAGGGUUUGUGAGUGAGUAAGAGAAAAACAAACAACAAUGGCUGAGGGAGAUCAGGGUAGGCAGACGGGCUCCGUCAAGUGGUUCAGUGAGGACAAGGGCUUCGGCUUCAUUACUCCCACCGACGGCGGCAACGAUCUCUUUGUCCACCAAUCCGGCAUCAGAUCUGACGGAGGUCGCGUCCUCGGUGAAGGCGAGAAUGUGGAGUUCACCGUGGAGGAAGGAAACGACGGCCGUACUAAGGCCGUCGACGUUUCUGGCCCUAAUGGAGGCCCUAUCGAAGGUCUCGGUGGUGCCGGAGGCGGCAGUGGAGGCCGUGGAGGCCGUGGCGGUGGUUAUGGAGGCAGAGGCGGAGGUGGCCGAUCUGGGGGCUACGGAAGCGGUGGAAGCUAUGGAGGCGGAGGAGGUUAUGGAGGCGGAGGAGGCUAUGGAGGCGGAGGAUACGGAGGAGGUGGCGGCGGCUACGGAGGAGGUGGAGGCAGCUAUGGUGGAUCAGGCGGCGGAAGCCGUGGCGGAGGCGGUGGCGGAGGCUGCUACCGUUGCGGGGAGGAAGGUCACUUUGCCAGAGAGUGCACACAGAGCGGCGGAGGCGGAGGUGGAGGUGGCGAUCGUUAUGGCGGAGGCGGCGGCGGACGAAGCGGUGGAGGCGGCGGUUGCUUCUCCUGCGGUGAGGAAGGUCACUUUGCUCGGGAAUGCCAGAACAGCAACCGUUGAUCUGUCUCUCCAACUACUCAGAGAAUGACAUUGUGAAUCUUCACAUAUCUCAUUUCUGUUUUAUAUUAUCAUGUCUCUUUUAAUCCGUGUCUUAUGUAUGGAUGGAUCUAGCUUAACCGCCAUGUCCAAGGUGUUAUCCUCUAGCCUGUUUUUGUUCUAAGAAGUGAUUAGUUUGUGUUAAUGGAACUUCAUUUCGGAAAUAUAUACUUUUGCCUUAUGCCUGGUUUUAACCUGAAAUCGUUUAAUCUUUAGAUUUCAUACCAUAUGUUGUUUUAAGAUCUGUGGUCUGAGUAUUAUUAUGAUCAGAUAUCCCAACUGGUUUGGAUUAUCCAUUUCGUUUUCUUGUUUACUUUUUGUUUUAGUUUCCAUAGCUUUUCUUUUUCGUUGUGCUUGACUAAACCUUACUGGUUUGAAAGGAACUGAAAGCAACCUUUCCUUUACUGUCAUUAUAAUUUUCCUUUAGAAAACAGUAGGGACAGGUUGGGGUUUGAACCUUUAGUAACCUUUCAUAUUCUGGAAAAGGUUCAUGAAUAGACAUGUUGGGAAGUCCCAUAAAACGCUCUACACAUGCAACUUUAUUAAGCUUUUGUAAAGUUAAUUAAAUGCGUUUCUAGAUUUGGUAACUUGAUUCAGUCCUUUAAAUUGAUAACUGUGCAUCUUCGCUGUUGUGAACAGUGCUGUUACUCCAAAUUUGUUACAUUUUGUUGAUGCACAUUUUAUCAUUUCUAUGAUACUCGUACAUUAUACUGUAUUAGAUUUCUUUGAAAACAUUAGACCAUUUAUGUCGCAUUGAAGUGCCGAGCCUUUUGAAUGAAUAGUUAAAUCCGGGGUAUGUAUUUAGUUAAUUUUUGUCCAUAUUUUUUUUCCAAAGCUUAUGUUUUCGCACUUGUAUCUGAAUAAAGACAGUACUUUUUUUGUUUAUGAAUUUAUUAACCCUAAAGACACAACAAGCUAAUUUUCUUUCUU